AUGAGCCCACAAUACUACCCGUUUGAUAAAAAAUCGAGUCUUACAUUAGAAGCCUUGAGAACAUCUGCAAACAAGCCAGAUUUCUGUGCCCGUCUGAAGGUGGAGCAUCAUGAAUAUAUUGAAUUGGUUUUUGGAAAGUUUUCGCAGCUAGAUGCACCACCACAGAAGCAUUGUGAUGACUGGAAUAAGUUGGUCCGCUCUGGCAAGGAUAGCAUCGACAUGCUUCGUGAUGUUUGUUUUCAUCAGGAAAUAGAAGAUAUUAUAAGAAAAGCACUUCGACUGAAAACCUGCAUGGAAAACAUUAUGCGUAAAGUGGAAAAAGCGCUGACUGAAAGCACAUCUCUACCGGUCAAUGAAAGUAACGAUGCAUUAGAGAGAGCAUGUCUAUAUAGCAUCAACGACCGAUUUCCACAAAAAAGACAAUCACAUAACUGA